AUGAAAAGAAAAAGGCAGGAAGGGAGAGCGUCCCAACCGGAGAAAAAACAGAAAAUUUUGGAGGAACCUAUUCAUGGUCCUCGACCUAUCGUUAAUCAGUUCCUUUGUUUUGCGGAAAAAUGUUUACCUUGUAAGGUGUUGUUGGAUACUGGUGCAACUGGUCCUGUUUUGUCUGCUGUUUUUGUUGAUAGUUUUGAGGUCCCGAAGGUGAAACGAGACGUCCCGGCCCGGGUAUUUGGAUUUACGGGAGAAGUUAUGAAGGGCACGGGACACGCCUUUACACAACCAUUAAUUAUAAUGUCAAGGGGGCAUCAGACGCAACUAUCAUUCGAGAUCGCCCCUCUCCCACUUGGCAUCGAUGCUGUAACGGAGCCAUUUCAACUGUCUGGUGUAUGA